UCAGGACGCCGGCGCUGAGCGCCGUGACGCUCAGCCGGUCCUUGUGGAGUGCGGGUCUCUGCUGCGGACGCCGGGGGCCGGCGCGGCGUUGGCCGCCCCCGGCCUCGCCGAGCGCAGCGCGCCCGAAGGCCAGUGCUUGCGCUCCGUCCGCGGCCCGGCGCCCGAGGUGGGCGGGGAGGCCGCCGCGCAGACGCCGCACGCUGCGCCGCCGCUUUCGCGUCGCCCGCUUCCGGCCGCGGCGGCCGCCAUUUUGCUCGCGCGGAAGCGCCGCGGUGGGGUGGGAACCCAAGCGGGAGAGCCGCGGGCUGUGGGGCCGCAGCCAUGCCGUCGUCCCCGCUGCGGGUGGCGGUGGUGUGCUCAAGCAACCAGAACCGGAGCAUGGAGGCGCACAACAUCCUCAGCAAACGGGGAUUCAGCGUCCGAUCCUUUGGAACAGGGACUCACGUGAAGCUUCCAGGACCAGCUCCCGACAAGCCCAAUGUUUAUGAUUUCAAAACCACAUAUGACCAGAUGUACAAUGAUCUUCUUAGGAAAGACAAAGAACUGUAUCCCAGCGGGUUGCCCUUUAAAAACCCCCCGUGUGGCCCUUCCUGGAAGGUGUUACGUGUGGCUCGGGCACAGGAGGCGUGUCACCCUGUGCAGUGCACACACUGGCUCCUCCUGUCUUUGCGAGAACUUGGUUUCUAUUCCUGGUGCACAUCGGAUCGUCCACGGGAGGCCCCAAAAUCGAAGGGGGUCCCAGGCAGGUUCCUGCUCCCUGACGUUUCACCUCAGUGCCAGCACCUCCCGGUCCCUGAGGAGGAGGCCGCACAGGGUCCGUCACAGAAACUGCAGAGCCUCACUUCCGUAAGUACCAGUUUGUGGGGAGUGGUUUCCUUUGAGAAAAUGGGACAGGCUAGUUCUCCGGUUUUCCCAGGGCCUCUUGAAGUGGCCUCAGCUCCCCGUGCAGGUGCCGUUGAGGGAGCAGAGGGCUUCGCAGAGCCAUCUGUGGCCCCGCGUCCACGCGGCCAGCAUGAGGUGGCCUGCCCUGGUGCAGCCGGCACCCUCCAGAGCAUCUGCUGCUGCCCACUCGUGGCAGUGUGCCAGGUCGGAGCGCUGGUCAGCUUCAUACUCUGUUUCCAGGGGAGUUGCUGAUACAUUAGUGGGAGACGUGGGGGUGCCUGCUUGGGGAUCCCCUGAGAUGGAAGGUUCCUGAUGAGUUUAGGGACUGACUUUCCUGUGCUGUGUUGCUUUAUGGACAGGAUCUGAGUCACUGGGCUGCCCACACCGGGCCGUUCUUGGGAAAGGUGGUGGGUGGCCCGGAGUGGCCCUGCCUGUGUGGGGUGAGCACAGGCCUCAGGCCCUGCCACCCUCCCUCAGGCCCUCAGGGUGAUGUGACGAUGGGCAAAACGUUCAGGAUGUCCCUGGACAUGACGCUGUGUCUCACGUGGGUUUGGGGCAGAGAUAGGUUGGGCCGUUGGUGUCCACGAAUUGGGACCCUGGUCAAGAAAGGCUGGCGGGCAGGAUGGGAGCUCAGGAAGCAGUGCCCAGCUCAGCAGCUGCCAGGCUCCCCUCCCUGACCAGCGGGGAUGGGCUCAGCAGCGGUCAGUCUCCCCUCCCUGACCAGUGGGAAUGGGCUCCGGGAAACCUGAGUGUGCAGGUCGCAUUUGGUGCAGCUGGCACACACACGUAGGUAGAUUUGAUUGCAAGUUAAAUUGACUUUGUACUUCUCAAUUCAUUUUUUGCUGAUUUUAGCACAACAAAAGCAGCCUGGGGGCUGUGAUUUGGGGAGAAACUGCCCAGCGCAUCUGCUCAGGGCCUCACCCUGCUGCUGUUCCCUCCGUGGCCUCUGGGGUCCUCCCUGUGCCUGGCAGGCCACACACUGAGUGUCUUUCCUGUGGGGCUUAUUUUUCUAGUUUUCAUUACUGUGUUUUCAUUCCGACGAGUGGUGCUAUUUAUACUUCCUGCAGCCCCUGGGAGACGUGUGUGGCUUCUCCACGGCAGGGACUGCCGUCUUGUUUCUGCCCGCAGGGAACACGCGUCUGUCCGGAUCCAGUGUGUGCUUCAGGCUUUGCCUAGGGUGUGGACAUUUAACCACGUGGAAGGUCCCCGUGCAGCUGGACUGGGGAAGCAGCCAGACCUGCUCUGCCCUGUAGGGGCUGGUGAGGGCCCCGGCAACCUGGGGGCACUGGCAGGACGGGAGCUGUCUUGGUGAUGGAUGUGUCCACAGCAGAAAUGUGGGCCAAACUCAGCCCAGCUUAAGAGGAGUUCCUAGACCAUGAGAUGCCCCAAGGGUCUGUGCACCCAGCCCAGCAGGGAGGCGAGGGUGUGUGGUGGGUGAUGGUUCAGUGGAGGGUUGGUGGGUGCAACCUUCCCGCUGAUGAACCACCAGGCGUUCCGGCCAGCGCCGGUCCGUGGUGCAGCAUCCUGCCCUGCCCUCACCAUCCCUGGCUCCGGGAGGCUUGUCCUCCCUGGUGUGGUGCUUUGCUAAAUCUCCGCCCUCCCUCCAUCUUCCACAACAGAACAGUGCUGAGGCUCUGCUAGGCGAGAUCACUGCCUUGUCCUGACUCACUGGCCCAGGACCAUCCCUGGCAGGCACUUGAGGGGUGCCAGCAGCCCGGGGCCCGGGGCUCAAAGUCCUGUGGGGUCUGGGGAGAGGCAAGGGCCCAGGCACUGAUUCUCUGAGUGCUGGCAAAGGGCCUGUGGUGUCCCCUGGUGUCUGGGAAUUGAUGGAGGAUCAAAAGCAUUAGACUUAACCAAGAAAGUCAUGGUUAGGGUUAAACUCAUGUCAGCUGAAAAUUGCCUGAAUUAAAACUGAACAAACGUGCCUCAACUCGAAAGAAAAGAGCAGACAUUCAGGAUAACACACUGCGAAGAACCCUGAAGAGUGGCCCUUCUGAGACAUCAGCUGCCCCCCGGGCUGGCGUGGAGGAUGGCGGGAGUUGUCUGCAGGCUGGGUGCCAUGUGGACUUGUCUUGGAUGCCAUGAUUUUUUAAUAUAUAUAUAAUUAUUGUUUUUAUUUUUUAUUUUUUGAGACACUCGCUCUCUGAG